GUGAGUCGAGUCAACACCUUCUCCUUCCCUGCUCCAUUUCCUUCUAUUCUAUUCUAUUCUUACCUUCCCUCCUUCCUUCCAUGGUCCCGCAAUCUCCUCCUCCUAUUAAUCCCCUCUCUCUGCCCUUCGUCUUCCUCUCCACCAAUGGACGCUUCCUUCGUAUCCCGAGCAAGGACCGCCAUCAAUUCCGCCGCGGCUAAAGCGGAGAAAGUCUUCACAGACAUAAAAAAUUCCGAUCCUAUCACUCAUCGAGAUUUGGAUAGGGAAUCACCCGGCGCAUCAACUCCGGAGCCCCAAACGGCCGUGGUUGAAUCGAAGAAUUCCAGUGAAGUAAAGAAUGAGAAAGUGAAGCCGAGGCCAAUAAAGAUCAAGCAAGAUUGGCAUGAGAGAUUUAGAAACAUAAGAAUAGGCAAAAGAGGAGCUGAGGAUAACAACAGGCCAGAAAAUUCAUCGAUGGCAUAUGCAAUUUUUGAUGACAACUUGUACCUUAUGGGUGAGAGAGAGUUCUCUCUUUCAAAAGAUUCCGUGGAAGGAGCAUUAAUGGAAGGUUCCAAGUCCGCGGAGACAGAUAUUAUCCCAUCAUCGCUGAUUGUGAAACAUUUGGCUGUAGCAAUUGAGGUGGGACAAAGCUACAACUCCAUGAAAGACGUCCUUGCAUCAUCCAGGGCUUCUUCACCAAUGAGAGAGAGAGCUAGCAAAAGCAUUUCAGCUGUGAAGUCACUAGUGCUACGAGAGAAGGAAGAUAAAUUGGGCAGUGAGUUUGGUACAGAUGAGAAAGUCCUCUCUGUAAUCAGUGCAUUAUUUAACGCAGAAGGAUGUUUUAAAGGGAGGAAUGUCUCUGGUUUGGAAGAAAUGCAGUUAAAAGCGACAUCUUUACUUAGGGAGAUUCAUGGUGUACCGGUUGAAAGUUUUGUUGUAAAGCUGUCCGAAGCUGUUGGUUGUUUCAAAACUGUGCAGAAAAUGGCAUCGUUUUGGUUGAGGGUUGUUUCAGAACUGAGAAGACUUUGGUACGAAGGACAGUAUAUUACAGGGGUUCCGCCAGAUAAUAUCCCGGAUCUGAAUUCUUGCCUGUUAUAUCAGCAACUACAGGUCAUCAACUGCUGCAUUUCAAGAAAAAAACGCCAUUCUGCUGCGGUUGAAGCACUGGAGUCUGUUACAGCUCGAGAUAGUUCAAAUGCUGAGGGUUGUACUGCUUCAGAUGGUGCACUUCCCCGAGAUCCGUGUUUCUAUGCCAGAACCAAGUCUGGAGAGCUUGUUCUUCGACUGGGAGCUGACAGAGAAUGCAAGAACCUGGCAAUGCUUGAAACUGGUGAACCUAUAUAUGCACCUGUGAUGCAGGAACCACCUUUGCUAACUGAAGAUCUUAUCAAGGAAACGGAGGAAUUUGUGCUAAGAACAGGAAGUGUCGGAGCGGGAUGCUCCCAACUGCUUGCAGACAUGCAGGCUUUCAAGGCAGCAAAUCCAGGUUCCAUACUGGAAGAUUUUGUAAGAUGGCAUUCCCCUCCUGAUUGGGUGGAAAAUGACAGUACUGAUUCCGUCAACACCUCCAGUGGUGGUGACCCAUCCGUCAAAGGGCAGCUCAGUCAGCGAAUGCAAAAAGAAGGCAAUUUAUGGCGCGAGCUUUGGGAUACAUCGAAGCCAGUUCCGGCUGUCAAACAGGCACCUCUUUAUGAUGAAGACCUGUCUGUGGAAGGAAUUCUGGAUUUCAUGGAGGAAAUGCCUCCCAGUGAUCUUUUCAAACAACUCUUCAUUGCUCUUUUGGGUUCAGGACUUGUAAUUGCUGAUUCCAUCCUAACCUCAAAUCCAAGCUUGGGUAAUCUGUUCAACGAGUGCAAAAAUUUUAUCGUCACCACAUGCCAAGGAAAUACUUGGAUUGAAAAACUCGAUGACAUAUGCCAGGUCUAUGAAACAGUCGAAGCGAUGAUUCUAAACCCGGACGAGGUAAUAAACAUAACAGUCCGUCCAGAAGAAACCACGCCAACAGGUGAACUAAAAAAUCGUUUCAAGAAACUCACCUUGAUCUUUGGAGGUAAAAACAAAUCCUCGUCCAAAGACUCGAAGACUAACAACAACAAUAGCAACAGCGGCAACAUGUUUUCAAAGAAGCCUCCAAAGGCGGCGGCGGCAGCUUCUCCAUCUUCGGCUGCGGUUACGGCUCCGAGUUUGGUCGAAAAUGACUGGACACUUGUAUGAUAUACAUAUGUGCUUCAAAUCUCUCAGGUGAAGAUUUUAGAAGGUUUGAUGCAUCCAUUAUCAUCUCUCUCUAUCUAUAUAUCAUUCAUCAAUGUGAAAUAAUGACAUUUUUGUUUCUAUCGUAACUUAAUUUUUUUGUGAAUCAGAUUCAGGAGGGGUUGGAAUAAAAUUUUGUGUUUUAAGUUGGAAAAAAGAUAA